AUGCUCGUGUCGUCGUCGCUUCUCCUACUGGCAUCGUCGGCCGCCGCCUCGCACCAGCUGCAUCCCCGCAGCUCUCGCCAUGGCAAGCUGAUUGAACGCGCUGCCAGCUCGAUGAUCGACAGCAAUGCACCGGCCGGUAGCUUUGACAUUGUGGGCAACUCGGGUGUCUCGGCACAGAUGAUGUUCUUGGGUACAAAGGACACCGUCUACAUUCUCGACAAGGCCGAGAACAACUCAAUGACCGUCACCACCAACGGUGUCACUCACCCGGCUUGGGGCACGACAUACGACCUCUUGACCAACACGGCAUCGUCCAUGGAAGUCUCGUCCAACACCUUUUGUGCCGCAGGUGCUGCCAUUGCCAACGGCUCGUGGGUCGUGUUUGGCGGUAACCAGCCCGUCACCUACGGCGGCGUGGCCACCAACGACACCACCAACAACCCCACCGGUGCCAACCCUUACCUGGACACUGCAGGUGGUGCCGCCAUCCGUCUCCUCACCCCGUGUGAUGACAUGUCUUGCUCGUGGGCCGAGGGCGGUGACGCACUGACCAUGACCUCCAACCGUUGGUACCCCACCACAGAGGGCCUCGCCGACGGCUCGCUCAUCGUCAUCGGCGGCGACAACAACGGUGGCUACGUCUCGACUUUUGCCCAGAACAACCCGACUUACGAGUACUGGCCCAAGCAGGCGUCAGGCAAGAUUGCCAUGUCCUUCCUGAACGCUACCGUCCCCGUCAACCUUUACCCCCUCACCUGGCUCCUGCCAAGCGGCAAGCUCUUUAUGCAGGCCGCCUACAGCACCAUUCUUUACGACAUGGACACCAAGGUUGAGACCACCCUCCCCACCAUGCCCUACGCCCAGCGUGUUUACCCAGCUUCCGCUGCCGCUGUCAUGCUUCCUCUUACCCCUGCCAACAACUACUCGGCGGAGAUUCUCUUCUGCGGUGGCUCGGCGGCCGACCUUUCCAAGUCGAGCGACGGCGGUGCCGGAUUCAACGUCACGGCCGUCAAGGCCGACGACUCGUGCGUCCGCAUCAGUCCCGACGACGCUAGCCCAGUCUACACCGACGACGACUCGCUCCCCGAGGCUCGUUCGAUGGGCCAGCUCGUCUACCUUCCCGACGGUACCAUGUGGCUCGGCAACGGUGUUGGCUACGGUACCGCUGGUUACGGUGACGACGGCUACUCGAUCGGCCAGUCGUACGGCCAGGACCCGGUCUACAUGCCCGCCAUUUACAACCCCUCGGCGGCAAAGGGCUCGCGCUUCAACCGCGACGGCCUCACCGCGUCCACCCAGGAGCGUAUGUACCACUCGACUGCCAUCCUUCUCUCGGACGGUGCCGUUCUCGUUUCCGGCUCCAACCCCAACAAGGACUUUACCACCACCCCUUGGGCUACCAAGUACUCGGUGGAGAAGUGGUACCCUCCUUGGUACAACCAGCCCCGUCCCGUCGCCAGCGGCUUCCCCUCGUCGCUUUCGUACGGCGGUGCCGCUUGGAACCUUACCUUUACCAACUCGUCGUGCGACCCGUCAACCAUCAAGAUUGCCAUUGUCCGCACGGGCUUUAGCACCCACUGCAUCAACUUUGGCCAGCGCUACCUCGAGCUCGAGACCUCGUACUCGAUGAACAACGACACUGGUGUCGUGACUGUCUUUGCCUCGCAGAUGCCUCCCAACGCCAACGUCUUCACCCCCGGCCCCGCCAUGAUCUUCCUUGUCGUUGGCGGUAUCCCCUCCGAGGGUGAGAUGGUCAUCAUCGGUUCGGGUGACAUUGAGACCCAACCCAUCCUUGCCGCCGCCACACUCCCCGAGUCGGAGAUCGUUGUUACCACCAAGGAGGCCACCACUACCUCUGCUACGGCUGUUGCUGGCGUGACAGUCGCUGCCACUGGAUCGACCAUCAACAGUGCCGCUCAGACAAAGGAGACUUCGUCGGGCUCAGCUACCGUCACUCCAUUCCUUGCCGUAGUCCUCGCGGCCAUGGCUUCAAUUGCCUGGAUGUAA